AUUAAGACGAUAAAUAGGAACAAGCUGGGGAAAAUUCGUCUGGCAUCUAAAUGAAAUGAGUUCAUACGCCACAUCUACCACCACAUCCACAUACUAAGUACGUAGCCACAAAGACACAGGACGAAAUCCAAGACCCAAACCCUUUCCAGGCUACCAAGCAAAAUGGCCAAAAUGUACGGAAAGGGUAAGACGGCCAUCGAGUCGGAAGAGCAACAAAAACGACGUUGGCAAAUCGAACUAGAGUUUGUCCAGUGUUUAUCCAAUCCCAAUUACCUAAACUUUCUUGCCCAGCGCGGAUACUUCAAGGAUCAAUCGUUCAUAAAUUAUCUGAAGUAUUUACAAUACUGGAAAGAGCCGGAUUAUGCCAAGUAUCUGAUGUACCCAAUGUGCCUAUACUUUUUGGAUCUCCUGCAGUACGAACACUUUCGACGGGAAAUUGUCAAUUCACAAUGUUGCAAGUUCAUUGAUGAUCAGGCAAUAUUGCAAUGGCAACAUUAUACCAGGAAACGAAUGAAACUAAUCGAGAGUGCUGCUGCUGCCCAGCAACAACAACAACAACAACAGCAGCAGCAACAACAACAACAGAGCAAUGGCAGUGGAGGCAUGGAAGCAGCCUUAGCUGGCGAUAGCGGUUCCAUGAUGAUGGGAACUGCCAACGGCAACGAUAACUCAAUGGGCAAUGCCAAUGCUGAUAUUGGCCUUAUAGUUGCAGCUGGCAUGCCCAGAGACACUCAGGUUAUGACAAAUCCUCAGCAACAACAACAGCACCAGCAACACAACGGCCUGGCUUCGGCCAACAUAAAACUAGAAAUGAAUUAGAUAUAUAGCCGAUUAAUGAUUUUGUAAUAAAUUAGUUUAAGAGAAAUGUUUCUAUCCGAAA